UCGGUGCGGUUAAUUUCAUCGCUGUACUGCGUUUCACUCCGCGUAAAAUCUGCGAAAAUAAGUAUUUAAACUUGAAAAAAGUGUAAGAAUUUUAUUUUAAACGGAAGCUUGAUGCCCGAUUCAGCAGCCAUGGCAGAAGCAACGGCAGCGACACCGGAUGAUAUGUGGACACCGUUUAAACAUUUGUUCAAUAGCAUUGAGGCAUUUCUGUUGCCUAACGAUGCCACCGGUGGACAACAGCAGGAACAGAAUGUGACUAAUUUGGAUUCCCUGCUGCGGAAUCACAAGCAAAAUUUUACUACCCUGCUUCGUAACCCGCCAAAAAAUAGUAAAAGUCGUGAUGCGAUUCGGCAAGGUAUAACCGAGGGCAUUACACUGCCGGAGUUCGGUCAUACGAUCCUGUCGAAGGACCUGGUUGACGAAAGUGUAAUAAUUUCCGAUAUGUAUGGACUGAACGAGUAUAUUGCUUUGGAAUUGCUGUGCACGGCCCAGCAACAGAUGCCGAAUCAUCCUGGACUACCGCGAGGCCUGGUGGCAGUUUUGUUGUAUUAUGAUGGGCGCAAGUCACUGGUCGCUAGUUUGAAAGAACUCUUCCAAGCGCGGGCCGGUGUGAGCUGGUGUACGGAUGCAGCACAAGAGAUUACCCAGCUGAUUACAUCCUACACGGAUGGAUUGGUGGCAGAUGGAAUAUUAGAUAAGAUUUUGGAUUUACUGGAAGAGUUGGAUGUUACGAAAGAGUUGGAUGUGCUGACGACAAACAGAGCAUUGGGACCUCCGAAGCAUCACCGACAGGUGUUGGAUUUGUUUGAGGAAAUUCGAUUGCUUUUGGCUACAUGUUUAUUCAAUUGGGCUGCGCAAUGUGGCCUACCACGGGAAACAACUUUGAAAUUGAUUCGUCAUCUUGCUAAGUAUAAAUCAACCGUUUCAUCGGGUGGAAUCGAUAAUGUAACUUUGGCUUUGCAAAUGGCGUUGAUGUACGGACUGGAUAUGAGUGUGAUUCAGCGUAGGGAAGACGGAGAGGAUGUAGUGAAACGUUUACCCAUGGUUAAAGACACGGAAUUUAUCGAAACGGUCAUGGAAGCGUUGUCGAGCAGUUGGGAAUGCGAGGGACUGCGAUCGAUUUCGCUGUUCACUUUCGGGCUAGCAAUUGCUACAUUAAGACUGGCACCGCAAAAUUUGUACACGAAUACAGCCAGAAUCAUAGACCAGGAUGAGUUGCUGGUCGAUGCUGCCAUUCAGGGCCGAGUGUUCGAUUUUAUUCAUUACACCUUCCUAGAGAAUGAGGUGAUUUUCCGGACGGAGUUUUACUAUCGGCGAAUGCAUGUUCUUUUUACCGAUUUCAUUGAGUUGAUGCACUCGAAAGUAACUGAGCUGCGAGCGAGGGCAGAUGAAACGGCCAGAACUGUGCAAGCUUUCCAACAGCAGGGACUCGAUCCGCCAGCAAACUUGUGUCGGAACUUUGAAGCACUACUGUUGUCGGUUGGUAAGCUCUAUCAAAAUGAUCAGAUGCGGCUAAACUUAUCGCUGGAGUACUGGGGUCCCAUGGAGAUUGCAACCAAUUAUCAACGUGCUUCGUCCCGUUCGGUUUGUCUGUUCAAGUUUAUUCGUUUGGCAGGGGAACUUCUCCCACCGAUCCUCUUCAUUCCAUACUUAAAAAUGUUAGCUGGAUUAUCGAGUUCCUCACAAUCCGCCCGAAAUGCAUUUAACUUGCUGAAACAAGGCGGCGGUGCUUCGGGAGCUUCGGCUACGAUUUCGUGGGAUCAUUUUUUCAACUCACUAUUUCGCUACUACCAAAAUCUUCGCCAAGAACAAAAUCCGGGUAGCGAAACCGUGUAUAGAAACCGAGCUCUGAGUCGAAACAUUAAUCCGCAGGAAAUUGCCGGUUUACAAGCGGUUCUACAGGUGAUUCGAGCGGUAGCCAAUCACGACGAAGUGGCCAGAGUUGCACUUUGCGAACACCCCAAUUGGUCGCCGUUGCACGUUCUUCUCGGAUUGAUCAGCUGCUCUGUUCCGAUAGCAUUGAAAGCUGAGCUUGUUCAAACUUUGGCCGCUCUCGGUAAGAGCAAGGAAACCGCCUUGCAGUUAUGGACUAAUUUAGAAGCUUCGCAGAUCAUCACUACCAUUCCCACGACUAGUACCUUUGCCAACCGUGGAAUCGAAUCCGAACUGGAGGAAAUUGAAAGCCGCAACGAAACCUACCCUUUAACACUCGGAAUGUUAGAUUUACUCUACACACUAUGCGAAACUGCCAUCCCAAAGGGACUCGGCGCAGGGCCACGAAAACCCGGUCUAGAUCCAUACGUUACCUUCAUUAUAGAUGCCGUCUUCUUACGCUUCUACAAUCGAAACUACAAAAACCCAGCAGAAAAAUGGCAAAUCGCCGCCAAAUGUCUUCGUCUGCUGCAUACUUUCGUAAAAAACUACCAGCCAACCCAACUAGACUUUCCCUCGCCGAAUCAACCACGCGAAGAAAAUGCUGCCCCUGGGUUCCACGUACUGCUACAGGUUAAUACAAAGUCAGACUUUUUGCGUCUUCUACUGCACAUCGCGGAUGAAUCGAUUGGUCUGUUCGAUAGCUAUACACCUUUUCCGGGGCGUAAAGCACUGGAGGCUACCUCGCUGUACGCUCUGCAGAUUAUUGAACGCGCCCUCGAGACGCAGGAAGAUUUCUUCAAUGCCCAUUUCGCUUCUAACUGUUCUAUUCUCCUGGCCGGCAUUAACAAGCUGUUGCUGGGGAUGAAUCCUCGUAGCGGUCGGGCUGAUCACAUGUUGAAUAUUACCCGAUUUGUAACCUACAGUAGCUGGCUGCCGGAAAACGCACUGGUUGCCAUUCGCAUCCUUACGGCCAUUAUGCGCCAGCCUAAUGUCAGUCAGCAGAUUGUUGGCCUGCUGACGCAAACUGAUCGAAUUCGGAACGAAAUCCGACAGGGCUUUGUCGAGUGUUUGGAAAGUGAAACGAUCACCUAUGCUGCAGCCGGUGGGAAUGGUGGAGAAAGCUCGGGUGACGAUCAAGAGCAGGAUGAAUUUUCCCCGGUUGGAGCUGGUGGUGCCUGUGUUGAGUUGCAGAUAAAGGAAGCGAUCGUGGGACUAUUGCAGGAGUGUCUUCCGCAGCAAAGUAUACCCAAUCUGGCUCACUAUCUGCUUGGAUUCGAGCUGAAUAAGGAACUACGCUUGACUAAUCUGCAACAGCCGGGAGUGAUGAACUUUCCCAGCAACUGCGCCAAAUCGUUGAUUUCACUGCUGGAUAACGCGCUGGAGAAUUCAAAAGCUGGAAAGCAGACCAGCUCAGCGCAGGAGCGCUUGAUCGAGAACGGCUACUCGCUGCUGUACUCACUGUGCUACAACAGUCGCACUUCGGAGGUGAUCCUACGGUUCCUGCGUUCGUGCAAUGAUUUCUUGUGCCGUCACAUAAGCGGUCUUCCCUUCGCCAACUUCCGCAGUGCUCACGUGCUUAACCAGAUGACCGGACUGCUGAAAUGUACCGCCAUCGAGCUGAAGUUGACCUCCGAUAAGAGCCAGGUAUCCCAGUUCGGAAACAUCUGCAAGAUUCUGCUUGGGGUGGUUCAACAGCCGGCGGUUGUUGAAUCGGCAACGCUAGAAAUGUCGCAUCAUUAUAGCACCGUCAAUGUGAGCAUGCUAUCUAAUACCGCUGGGGGGCUGGAGGCCUCUACGGUGUUGCGCAAGGGAACAGAUUCAGCGAAAUUGUUGCUGUGUCAACUGUUGGAUUGCCUAAAUUUCGAGAUAAAAUCUCUUGAGAAGCCUAAAUGGGAUUACUUUGACAAUUCGCUGCUGCAAGGUUUGUUACAAAAUUGCGAGCUCCCGGUCAUCGGAGGAGGGCUGAAGCUGAUCGAUAUCAAGAAACUGCACGAUGUUUUGAAGGAUGAGUUGAACUCAGUUCAGACAACGAUUGCUGCCGGACAGAGAGCGCACAUUCUGGCGGAGAUCGAAACUAUUCUUGUGUACGCGCUGCAGGUUAAUAGCCAGCGGAAUAUGUGCUCUUCGACGGUACGUUUUCUGGAAGCCUGGGGACAAGUUACGGAGGUAUUGUUCAGUGUGACACCGGCCAUGUUCGUGUCGUUGGAUGUUAAGCAGGGUCUGCUGGUGGAAAUCAUCCAAGCCAUGCUGACGAAAGUGGUUCCCAAUCAGAUUAUGCCGGAGCUGGCCAAUAUCGCUUCUUCGACAGUGCUACUGCUGAUGGUGAAUUUGAGGCAUUGCUAUUCGUUGAAAAAUAGUGGCGCUGGAGCGGAGCAUCAACCGGAUGUUAAUCAGAGCACCUUGGUGGGCAGCUCUUUUGGGGGAUUUAGUGGACCAUCCGGAAGGAUGUUUUCACCAAAAACGAACACGCUAAGCCUCAGGUAUAUACUGCAAAAUAUCUUGGACUGGAUCUUAAUUAGCGGCGUAGGAUCGCAAAAGCUGAGAAUCAAUUUAUAUGCUGCCCUGCUAAAUUACAUGCACAUUGUGAAAGGCAACCGGGAUCGAAAUGAACAGGACCAGGAGAACGUGCGAGAUGAGUUCUAUGUGUCUCGAUUGGACAAGAGUUUGCACGCUGGAAAAUCGCAAAACGCGGCAGUUGAUGAUUCCAACGCACAGAUCGAAAUGGUGGUGGAGAUUUUCCAGCAAUUUGGGGAAAAGUUGAUUGACAUUCUGUGCCACGAUUGCACCGGUGGACAUGAUAUCUGUAAAAUGCUGGCACUGUCCUGCAUUGAUAUGCUGCUGGAUAUGGAUUCAAUGACCAAUGUAAUACAGUUCAUUUCUAAACGUGGCUAUUUAUCACAUCUGAUUGAUAGUCUACUGAAAAACGACGGAAAGCUAUGUCGAAUUUUGGACAAUCAACCGGAGAACAUGAAGGCAUUGUAUGUGUACGAGUCGAAAAUGGCUAUGCUGAGUCGAAUCGGAGGAUCACAUAUCGGAGCGGAACUUUUGCUGGAAGAAAAAGCGCUAAGUGUACUCGCAGGCAUGAAGGUUUUCGAUCUGCAUCCAGAUUUCCAGGUGCUCAACUAUUCCUCGCACUAUCCAGUUUCGUCAAGCUUCAUUCCACCAAUUGAAGCUCGCUACCAGCAAAUUCUUUUCCCGGCUCUUAAUCUGUGCGAUUCAAUUCUUUCUACACUGGGCCAGGAAAACCAUUCGGCCAUAACGCAGAUCGUCCACUUCCUGCUGUCUCACGGAGAUACAAUCGAGAUAGUGCUUCGCGCGGGAACACCUUUCCUCAAUAUAGGACUCCUGCAGGAGCUGUCUGGGAUAACAAGUUUGAUUGCUCGAGCAGCCAAUCAGGAAAUUUCCAAUCUUAUCACUCCGAACGCUAACCAAGACCUUGGAGCUCAUCUCUACCGACUGCAGAAGCUGAUGUUAACACUCUUCCCACGCUUCACUCUUACCGAGCAAACUUUGAAGGAGCUCAACCAGAACAUCCUGACACACUGCAGCGAACGGGAACGAUCGGCUCAUGUGAAACACUUCCUCCAGAUCGCAGCCAACCUUGCCCUGUACGCUAGGAACAGUAUUUCCAACCAUUCCGUUGAUCAUCGAACUAUCAACGUACUAUUUUCUCCGCAAAUAAAUGAAUCCAGUGUGCACCAGAUACACACCGGAAGACAGGAUAAUCGGGGUAUGUCGAACCUCGACAGUUCACACUGCAGUUUGAGUGUGAUCGUACAGCAGCUCCGUUGCUCGGUCGAGUACUACAACAAGGGCAAGCUUGCCUACGAGAGUAUUCUACGCCAGAGGAACUCCCUGCCGGGACUUAGUUUGGAUUCAAAUAUUCAAAUCCAACAUGACAUGCUCACGGAGCGAAUAACCGCCCGUCAGGAGGAGCUGAAGCGAUGUGUUUUCAUUACCGAACACUGUCUCUAUCUUCUGUGGGCCCAUUUGGACUUCUUUAUGCUGAGGGCGAUCCCGGUUAACACGCUUCACUUCAACGCACCAUACGCAGUUGACAAUUAUCUAUCAUCGCAAACGGAAGUCGGCUGGAAGAUUACCGCCGACGAUGUGGCCAUCCUAAAGAAAACACUGAUCGGUGUUUUUAACGAAACGUUCUGCAAGCAGCUGCUCGCCACCGCGCAGGAUCACACCCGGGCUUCGGAUAAGGGCUUUGUUGAGGCAUUACUGAGAAGGAUUAAGCGGCUUAUUCAGUUUGUGCCGGUUAAAUGAGAGGCUAGAGUAGAGCCAUCUAGUUCCAGCUAUGAUUGUGGAGAGCAGUUUCUGUUGUAUUGCUUAUCAUAUUCACUAAUACUGCCAGUUUUUCUGUCUGAAUAGUUGAUCUAAAAUGAUUAUGUAUACUGUUUCUCAAGACGAUUAAGACCUAGGAAUUAGGACGAUACGUAAGUA